UAGCACAGAAAUGUAUCAAUUUUGCCGUUGUUCAGUGAACAUUUUCGCUGACGCUGGUGAACCCACUGAGGUGAACGGGUGUCCAUACAUGUCGCGUGUGAUCGACCGACACGGAGCACAGGCACCGACGUGUUGAGGUUUGAUGUUCACGAGGAAGUGAAGCCACAGCUCAGAGCCUCAGGCAGGUAGUCAGUCAGUCGGUCGUUCGGUCGUCCUCCUCCGGGCAACAUGACGCCUCUGUCUCUGCUGGGUGUGUCUGUUCUGCUGCUGUGUGCACCGACGGCUGCUGCAGUGUCUCUGAAUGUCAGUCCGAACCUUCAGCAGUUCUUCAGCGACGACUCGGUGUCUCUGAGUUGUGUUGUAGGGGCACAGGCGGGUGGACAGGCAGUAAAGAGGACAGCCGGGGGACAGACGGAUCUGUGUGGUUCAGGCUUUGGGACGUUUGAUGGCUCCUCCUGCACCGUGUCAGGUCUGUCUCCGUCCGACUCUGGAGUUUACUGGUGUGAGGCCGCGUGUGAACAGAUGAGCCAGCAGGUCAACAUCAGUGUGUGUCCUCGGAACGAUUUCGCCAGAUGUCCUUUUAUCCUGGAGAUCCCCGCGCUUCCCGUGACAGCAGGAAGUGAGGUCACGCUGCGCUGUCGGAACAAAGAUGGUUCCACGCACGCAGUGUAUUUCUUCAGGAACGGCGUCCACAUCAGAGACACGCCGAUGCAGAGAGUUAAAGUCGAGGAGUUCAGCGUCAGUAAAGUCCAACAGUCGGACGAGGGGCUCUACUGGUGCUCCACUGAUCUCCUGGGACCGUCUCAUCGCAGCUGGCUGAUCGUCAGAGCUCCUCCUGCUCCCCCGCCUCCUCCCUCGGUGUCUCUGGUCAGACUCAUCUGCCUGCUGGUGGUCGUGUGUCUGUUCUGCAUCUGCACCGUCCUGAUGGUGUUGAUGUGCUGCAGCAGAAAGACAGGAAACAAAUCACCUGUUGCCAUGGAGAUGACACAGUGUUUUGGAGAGUACGAUGACAUCGCUGCUGGAAUCAGCACUGAGCACGACUUCUGACGCGAACAUUGCACAACACAACUCGACUGAGCUUCAACAUGAUCGACGUCUUUCACCUUUGACCUCUGCAGCGUCAAACUUUAUGGCUUCACUGUAAAUCGACAUGUUUUGGUUUUUGUUUGAUCCAUUUCUUUGUGGUUACCAUUCUGCUUAGCAACUUCUUCUUCUUCCUCCUCGUCCUGUCAUGUUGGACAGAGGACGAUGGUGAUCAUGGAUCUCCUGGAAUUCGCUUUUCUUUUCCAAAAACGUCAUUAUGGUUCCUUCCUCAAUCAACAAUUAAUCAUUCCAUAAUCUGUCAAAUGCCUUUUUGUGCCUUCAAUAAAUGGAUGAAUGGUAGAAAAUGUAUCCGUUUGACGAGAAAACAAACAAGUCCUCUGAUUUCACUGGUUCUCUAUUUGACUCCGCAAUGAUAAAUGAUCCAAACAUUUAUGCUGAUUAUGUUUUAUUAUCUGGAUCUUCACAUAGACACAAGUUCUGGAAUAUCAGUUUUCUUUCUUCUUUGUCCUUCUAAGGCUGGUGAGAUGUUUGUUUCAUCCAGACUUCAUCAUGGUGAUGAGGCAGUGAGGUUUUUAUGCUUCCUUCAAAACUCAACACUCAGUCUUAUUAGAAAAACUAACAAACAAAAAAAGGAAUAAAAAUGUGGGAAAACA